GCAACCCUGCCCUUAAACUGGAAGGAGAGCGGCGGCGAGCGCGAGCCUCCACAGGCGAGGAUGACGUUUCCGUAAGCCGCCUUCAAAAAUUGAUGGAAAAAAUAGAAAUGCGGAAUUAAUUUUAUUGCCUUUUUUUCCUCGAGUCAUUCGCGUAUUUUUAUUGUUGUGAGUGAGAAGAAUCUCUUUUGGCAGCUGAUGUUGGUUUAGAGGGCGUAUUUUUGGAGAGAGAGCGCGAGGGGGCGGGUGUCUCUCGCGCAGCCUCACAGACUCUCGUGAAAUUACCACACGGACGGUUUACUUCCACAUUGAUCGUUUAUUUUCGGGAUUUUUUAGAUAAACAACACCGUAAUCGAUGCGCGGCCUUCUAACGGACAUUCGCCGCUGAUACUACGCCCGCGUUUUUUCUGUUUUUGUGGUUUUUCCCCUCAGUGGAGCGUUCGUGCGUUCGUUGGGAUUCGUUAUGAAUUCCAGUCCGCUUCCUAACGGCAGACUCCUGCCGGACAGCCAGAGCUGGAACUCCUCCGGUUCCGAGGAGGAUCUGGACGUCGAACCGGGACUCGGGCCGCACGGAGGGGUGGCGGAAUUCGGCGGGGUGCUCAGUAAGUGGACUAACUACAUUCACGGAUGGCAGGACCGCUGGGUCGUUCUGAAGAACAACACCUUGAGUUACUACAAAUCCCAGGACGAGCGCGAGUAUGGCUGUCGCGGCUCCCUGUGCCUCAGCAAGGCUGUCAUCACACCUCAUGAGUUUGACGAGUGCCGGUUGGACAUCAGUGUCAAUGAUAGCGUGUGGUAUCUACGCGCUCAGGACCCAGAACAUCGCAACCAAUGGAUCGAUUCCAUUGAGCAACACAGGCGUAUUUCAUUUCAUUCAUCGUCAAGUGCGCUCGUUCGUGUUGGUGUCGUCAAUCUGGCAACCUCCACCAGCGGAUACUCAGCCACCUCCACCUCCUCCUUUAAGAAGGGUCACAGUCUGCGAGAGAAGCUGUCAGAGAUGGAGACGUUUCGAGACAUCCUGUGUAGGCAGGUGGACACGCUGCAGAAAUACUUUGAUGGCUGCGCUGAUGCCGUGACCAAAGACGAGCUCCAGAGAGACAAGAUCGUGGAGGAUGAUGAAGAUGGUUUCCCUACCACUCGCUCCAAUGGAGAAUUCCUGCAUAACAACAACGGCAGCAAGGAGAAAUUAUUCCAGUGUUUGAGUCAUAAAGGCAUUAAUGGGAUAGAUUUUAAAGGAGAGGCCAUCACGUUCAAGGCAACCACGGCGGGAAUCUUGGCUACACUUUCUCACUGCAUCGACCUGAUGGUGAAGAGAGAGGACAGCUGGCAGAAGAGACUGGAUAAGGAGAUGGAGAAGAGGAGGAGGAUGGAGGAGGCGUAUAAAUCAGCCCUGUCCGAGCUGAAGAAGAAGUCUCAUUUUGGAGGGCCCGAUUACGAGGAGGGUCCAAACAGCCUGAUCAAUGAAGACGAGUUCUUUGACGCCGUGGAGGCCGCUCUGGACAGACACGACAAAAUAGAAGAACAGUCUCAGUGUGAGAAGAGCAGGAUACAGAGGAGCAGUUCAGUGCCUUCAGGAGACGUCUACUCCAGAGUGGGCUCUCACCGAUUCGCUGAGAAGCCCCUCUCUCGUCCUUGCUCUCCCUCAUCUUCUGCUGUAGCCUUCACUCCUUCACUCCAUGAGCACCGGUUCAGUGCUGAGGUGGAGGAGAUGGUUCAGAAUCACAUGACCUACUCCCUGCAGGACGUCGGUGGAGACGCUAACUGGCAGCUCGUGGUGGAAGAGGGAGAGAUGAAGGUGUACCGGCGGGAGGUGGAGGAGAACGGCAUCGUGCUGGACCCUCUGAAGGCCACACACUGUGUCAAAGGGGUCACAGGUCACGAGGUCUGCCACUACUUCUGGGACACGGAUGUCCGUAACGAUUGGGAGACUACUGUUGAAAACUUCAACAUCGUGGAAACGCUGUCCGAUAACGCCAUCAUCAUCUACCAGACUCAUAAGAGAGUGUGGCCAGCGUCCCAGAGAGACGUCUUGUACCUGUCUGCCAUUCGUAAGAUUAUGGCCAAUAACGAGAACGAUCCAGACACAUGGCUCGUCUGUAACUUCUCAGUCGAGCACGAAAAUGCCCAGCCAAACAACAGAUGCGUUCGUGCUAAAAUCAAUGUUGCGAUGAUCUGCCAGACGCUGGUCAGUCCACCAGAGGGAGACAAAGAGAUCAGCAGAGACAACAUCCUGUGCAAAAUCACAUACGUGGCCAACGUGAAUCCCGGCGGCUGGGCUCCUGCGUCUGUCCUGAGGGCCGUUGCGAAAAGAGAAUAUCCCAAAUUCCUCAAGCGCUUCACUUCCUACGUCCAGGAGAAAACAGCGGGAAAACCCAUCCUCUUCUGAGCACCAGUUCCCCAGUUCUGCUGUCGGUGUGCAUGAGCGCCUCUGGUUCCCGCACACUCCUCUAGCGACACCGAAGACUCAUCGCGUCUCUUCUCCAGACUGUUCUGAAUCCCGCUGCCACAGGAAGCCCGGCGGUAGACGCUUGAUGCCGUUCUGUAGCGCCACACUAGCUCACACGGGCAGAGGACUAGAGAUGCCCAACGUCAAAGUCUGUCCCAUGUUUUCUGGCUGAGAUCUACAUUGAUAUGAAUAUAUAUGUAUGUAUGUAUGUAAGUAAGUGAGAUGGGAAGUUUAUAUAUAUAUAUAUAUAUAUAUAUAUAACGGAGAGUUUUGAAGCUGAACACUCGAGACCGGCUCUGUUUUAGUCCUGUUAUUUUCCUGUUUGAACAAACAUUUCAGCUUUGCUUUCAUCGUCCUCGUAUAAUCGCUGUUUGGGGGAAAUCAAAGGCAUGUUUGUGAGUGAACUCUAUGAACCUGCCUUUCGUCUCGAUGUUGGCCGUCUCUUUUAUGAAGUGCAGCAUCUGCCGCUGACGAGGAGACGCUUCAUUUCUUUGGCGAUUUAAUUAUAUCCGUCUCUCAGCAGCUGAUAUACUGCAGCACAAUUCCAGAUCGAUCGUAACCGGCAGAAAUGUUUAAUAUGUCAAAUGAACGUUGCGUACACAUUAUUUGUAUAUAAUUUCAUUUUUGUUUCAGAUCGUCAGUCGACGCUUUUACCUGACUAAUCCAACUCCAUAUGCCUUAGUGUGUGUGACUGAGAGGUGUGUACAGACUCAAACAUUUCUAGAAAAAGUGCCUCAUUAUUGAUCUUGCUGAUUGUACCGCCCAAACUACAGCCACAAACCAACCUGGCGUCCUUUAGUGUUUAUACAAAGAUCAUUUCACAUUGAUUUCUUACCUCAUAUUAGAAUGUGUUGUCUUCUUAUUGGAGAAGCCCUGACACCAAUCAAAUUCUCUGUCCAAUAGGGAGAUGCGGUUUCAAUUUGGGGCGUAGCUCGUAUGUAAUUGUAGAUCAGGUAGAAUUAGUUGCUUUUAUUUAUUUUUUCUUGAUCGAAUUUAUUCUUCCAAAG